AUGGUCGAAUUCGAGAAUGAUCCAUGCUGCUUCAGCGACAUCACCAAAAUUCGAACGAAAUCAAUCCAUUUCGACUGGACUAUCGACUAUUCCCUCAAACAGGUCAAAGGGUCAGCGGAAUUGACCUGCGAUGUCCUCGAAGAAGGCCUCUGUACAUUCAUGUUGGAUACCCGAGAACUGGAUGUUCAAAAAGUCCUGAUCGAGGGAAACGAAAUGAAGUUUUCCUUCGGCCAAGCUGGCCAAAAUGGCAAAUCAGAAGCGCUAGGCAAACCGCUUAUCAUUGUUCUUCCUGAUGUUCCACCACCAAAAGGAGAAGAUCUCGUCGUAAAGAUCUUUUACAACACGACUGAGAAAUGCUCUGCUCUUCAGUGGCUUACAAAGGAGCAAACCGCCGGUGGCGAGCACCCUUACAUGUUCUCCCAGUGCCAGGCGAUUCACGCCCGCUCUCUCUUCCCCUGCCAAGAUUCUCCUGGAGUCAAGAUCAAGUACACGGCCAAGGUCUCCGUUGCUGCUCCUCUCGUCGCCCUGAUGAGCGCCAAUCUCCAACACGAUAAGACGGAGAAAACCGAUUCUGUCAACACUUUUUACUUCUCCCAACAUGUUCCUAUGCCCUCCUAUCUGGUCGCGAUCGCGUCCGGCGCUUUGGAGAGCCGAGAAAUUGGCCCUCGAUCGCGAGUCUGGUCGGAGAAAGAGUUCGUCGACAAGGCUGCUUUUGAAUUUUCGCAGACUGAAGACUUCAUCAAGGCGGGAGAGUCCCUCCUCGGCCCUUAUGUUUGGGGACAGUACGAUCUUCUCGUCCUCCCUCCUUCUUUCCCCUACGGAGGGAUGGAAAACCCCUGCCUGACUUUUGUCACUCCGACUCUUCUUGCCGGCGACAAAUCUCUCGCAAACGUCGUUGCUCACGAAAUCGCCCACUCCUGGACAGGAAACUUAGUGACUAACGUAAACUGGCAGCAUUUCUGGCUCAACGAAGGACAUACAGUUUUCGUUGAGCGAAAGAUCGUCGAGAAAAUUUACAAUAGGCCGACUGCGGAGUUCCAGGCAAUUGGUGGCUGGACAGGCCUUGUGGAAACUGUAGACACUUUGGGAGCAGAGCAUGAGUACACCAAGCUGGUGAUUAAAAACGAUGGCUCUGUUGACCCAGACGAUUCUUUCUCCCGGAUUCCAUACGAAAAAGGCUUCUCGCUUCUUUACCACCUCCAGUCGCUCGUUGGCAUUCCUAAGUUUGAAGGCUUUCUCAAAGGCAACGUCGAGCUUUUGGGCGAAACGCAUGAAUUCACCAAAUUGGUGAUCAAGCAAUCCGGGUCAAUCGACCCCGACGACGCCUUUUCGAGCAUUCCUUAUGAAAAAGGUUUCGCGCUGUUGUACCAUCUUGAGACUCUUUUGAGUGUUCCUAAGUUUGAGGCAUUCCUCAAAGCCUACAUCGAGGCAUUCUCCUACAAAGCGUUGGAUACUCAACAAUGGAAGGACCUUCUUUUCAAGCACUUCUCUGGUUCAGAAGAAGAUACCGCUAUUUUGAAUAAGGUCGACUGGGAUGCUUGGUUCAACAACACUGGAAUGCCUCCUGUUCCUAAGCCACAGUACGAUACAAGCCUACAGGAUGUGUGCACCGCUCUGGCGAAAAAGUGGCGCGCAGGUGACGGUGCUCCAAGUGCGGAUGAUAUUGCCUCAUUCAAUUCCGGUCAGCUUCAAGAAUUCCUCGACCAGCUUGUCCUCGAUAGUUCCUUCUCACCCGAGCAGGUUCAGCAAAUGUCCGAUGUUUAUAAGGGCAUUUCAGAGUCGCACAACUCGGAAGUGCGUUUCCGAUGGAUUCACCUUGGCCUCAAAUCACGAUUCAAGCCAGCUAUUGAUAAUGCUUUGGCGAUGGUCACCGAACAGGGGCGUAUGAAAUUCACACGACCGUUGUACCGAGACUUGAAGAAUUGGGACCUCGCGCUGCCAAGAGCGGUGGAAACUUUCAAAAAGAAUCGUCCAUCGAUGCAUCCGACCACUGCCGCCCUCGUUGCCAAAGACCUUGGGCUGCAAUAA